AUGAUCCUCCUCACUCUGUCCCCGGGUCUCCUCACUCUGUCCCUGGGUCUCCUCACACUGUCCCUGGGUCUCCUCCUCACUCUGUCCCUGGGUCUCCUCCUCACACUAUCUCUGGGUCUCCUCCUCACACUGUCCCUGGGUCUCCUCCUCACUCUGUCCCUGGGUCUCCUCCUCACACUAUCUCUGGGUCUCCUCCUCACACUGUCCCUGGGUCUCCUCCUCACUCUGUCCCUUGGUCUCCUCCUCACACUAUCUCUGGGUCUCUUCCUCACUCUGUCCCUGGGUCUCCUCACUCUGUCCCUGGGUCUUCUCCUCACUCUGUCCCUGGGUCUCCUCCUCUGUCCCUGGGUCUCCUCCUCACACUGUCCCUGGGUCUCCUCACUCUGUCCCCGGGUCUCCUCCUCUGUCCCUGGGUCUCCUCCUCACACUAUCUCUGGGUCUCUUCCUCACACUGUCCCUGGGUCUCCUCCUCACUCUGUCCCUGGGUCUCCUCACUCUGUCCCCGGGUCUCCUCCUCUGUCCCUGGGUCUCCUCCUCACACUAUCUCUGGGUCUCCUCCUCACUCUGUCCCCGGGUCUCCUCACUCUGUUCCUGGGUCUCCUCCUCACACUGUCCCUGGGUCUCCUCACACUGUCCCUGGGUCUCCUCCUCACACUAUCUCUGGGUCUCUUCCUCACACUGUCCCUGGGUCUCCUCCUCACACUGUCCCUGGGUCUCCUCCUCACUCUGUUCCUGGGUCUCCUCCUCACACUAUCUCUGGGUCUCCUCCUCACACUAUCUCUGGGUCUCCUCCUCACACUAUCUCUGGGUCUCUUCCUCACACUGUCCCUGGGUCUCCUCCUCACUCUGUCCCUGGGUCUCCUCCUCACACUAUCUCUGGGUCUCCUCCUCACUCUGUCCCUGGGUCUCCUCCUCACUCUGUCCCUGGGUCUCCUCCUCACUCUGUCCCUGGGUCUCCUCACUCUGUCCCUGGGUCUCCUCCUCUGUCCCUGGGUCUCCUCUGAAUCUCCUGGUCCUUCCUUUACCAUCCCUGCUCCCGUUGCCGAAAAUGAAAUAGGUUGGGCAAACAUUUCUGUCAGUCGGCACAUUUUGGCGCUUCCACCUGAAGCUUUUUCAGCCGUUCGAUGCGCAGCUUUUCUGUCCCCUCCCCAUCCCCCUGCACUUCUGAGUUUGGUCCAUCUCCCGCUCACUCCUCCUGUCAGUUCAAACUGA